UCCUGUCUCGAGCAGACCUGUUGGUGGCAGAGGAGCCACAGUCUCCCCCUCAAAGAAAAAGGAAAAAGCAGAGCGCCCCCUGCGGGAGAGGCUGUUCGCACUAAGCUCUUGAUCCCAAGCAUCGCCAUAUUGACGUCCCAACCGCCGCCGAGAGGACAUCCAGCCUUGGUGUGGCCCCCAGUGAUGACUGUAUUGAACCCUGUACCUCCUGAUUAGACUGGUUGGAUGCCCCCAUUUAACAUUCAGCUUUCCUAUCAUAAAGGCAUCUCAACCACCCCUGUUCCAAUUCAUCUAUCACCAAAAUCCUGGAGGGAUCCUCCCAGGAGAUUUAGAGAAGAUCUGGUGUAGAAUAUGUCUGGCCCUGUUCCAAGCCGCUCUCGAGUUUACCCUGAUGUAAACACACAGAGACCUCGGGAAUACUGGGACUAUGAGUCCCAUGUUGUUGAAUGGGGAAACCAAGACGACUAUCAGCUUGUCAGAAAACUAGGGAGAGGCAAAUAUAGUGAAGUGUUUGAAGCCAUAAACAUCACAAACAAUGAAAAAGUGGUCGUCAAAAUACUGAAGCCGGUCAAGAAAAAGAAAAUCAAGAGGGAAAUAAAGAUCCUGGAGAAUCUGCGGGGUGGCCCAAAUAUCAUCUCACUGUUAGAUAUCGUCAAAGAUCCCGUGUCACGAACCCCUGCUCUGGUCUUUGAACAUGUGAACAACACAGACUUCAAGCAAUUGUACCAAACCCUAUCUGACUUCGACAUACGGUUCUACAUGUACGAAAUCCUAAAGGCCCUGGAUUACUGCCACAGUAUGGGGAUAAUGCACAGAGAUGUCAAGCCACAUAAUGUAAUGAUUGACCAUGAACACAGAAAGCUCCGUCUAAUCGAUUGGGGUCUGGCAGAAUUCUACCACCCAAACCAAGAAUACAACGUGAGAGUGGCAUCCAGGUAUUUUAAAGGACCUGAACUGCUGGUAGAUUACCAGAUGUAUGACUACAGCUUGGACAUGUGGAGUUUGGGUUGCAUGCUCGCCAGCAUGAUCUUCAGGAAGGAGCCUUUCUUUCACGGUCAUGACAACUACGAUCAGCUGGUGCGGAUCGCAAAAGUACUCGGCACAGAGGACCUGUACGACUACAUCGACAAGUACAACAUUGAAUUGGAUCCACGGUUCAAUGACAUUCUGGGAAGACACUCCCGCAAAAGGUGGGAGAGGUUUGUGCACAGCGAGAACCAGCACCUGGUCAGCACAGAGGCUUUAGACUUCCUGGACAAACUGCUGCGCUACGACCACCAAGCCCGUCUCACGGCCAGAGAGGCCAUGGAUCAUCCCUACUUCUAUCCCAUCGUUAAAGAUCAGGGAAGGGGGGCCACUCCAGGAGGGAUGGCUGCAAGCUCCACACCAGUCAGCUCUUCAAGUAUGAUGGCCGGCAUCACCUCAAUGUCCUCCUCACAGCCACUGGCUAACAUUGCUGGAUCACCUGUCAUCUCUGCCCCCAACACUCUGGCCACACAAGUCCCCGCAGCCACAGGGGCCCAGCCCUGAAGCCACUUCCCCACCUGUGUUUAAUGUGUGCUCAUGGCCAUGUCCUGCCUAGAUCUCACUGCGGCCCAGGGCCAUGGCUCUCCUUUUUAUGUUGGAAAAUAACAAAGAAGAAAAUUUAAAUUGCUUUUCACAUUCAGUUAUAUUUUGACACCUGGACUUGACAGAAAUGUAUUGUUGCACCUGUCAGGAUUAUUAGAAUUAAUUUGGGUGUGUUCUUUGACAAUGCCAUUGUCUAGAAAUUCUAAUAAGAUGUAGACAUGAAGAGAAUGGAUAAUAAAAUUUAUUUUGUAUGUUCCAAAUAUACAGUCUUGCUUGAAACUGUUUGAUGGGGAUCCUGCUGUAUUACACUGUGAACCUUUACACGACUUCACAAAACAAAGCGUCAGGAAUCUGGUGUGCCCCCCCCGCUUAACAGUGCUCGCUGGUUGCACACGAUGUAAUGUGCAGGAGUUGUUGGUGUUUUGAAGUUGUUAGAUGCUAUCAUUCUUUAAUUGGACUUUUUGUAGAUAUUCUACAGUUACUGUCAGGUUGCAUGCACCCAAUGCUGAAUAUCACAGGGUCAAUAGUUUGCCAAUUUUAUGUUACUUUCACUUCUGUAUGUGUAUGUAUGUGUUCAUGUUUGUUUUUUAUGAAGUCUCUUACACAUGAUUUUGAUUACAUAGACAAUUUUGUAACUUUUUGUUUUAUGUUGGGAGGGAGUCAUCACCUACAAUAAAACAACUUCAAAAAUAAACAAUUUAAACAGG